AUGGCCGCCCUCUCCUCUGCAGCCGUCUCCGUCCCUUCCUUCGCCGCCGGCGCCAAGGUGGCCGCUCCCCGGAGCAGCAGGAUGGUGGUGCGCGCGUCCCUGGGCAAGAAGGCCGCCAGCGCGGCCGUGGCCAUGGCCGCGAGCGCGAUGCUGCUGGGCGGGUCGGCGAUGGCGCAGGACGUGCUCCUGGGCGCCAACGGCGGCGUGCUGGUGUUCGAGCCCAACGACUUCAGCGUCAAGGCCGGCGAGACCAUCACCUUCAAGAACAACGCCGGGUACCCGCACAACGUGGUGUUCGACGAGGACGCGGUGCCCUCCGGCGUCGACGUCUCCAAGAUCUCCCAGGAGGAGUACCUCAACGCCCCCGGGGAGACCUUCUCCGUCACGCUCACCGUCCCCGGCACCUACGGCUUCUACUGCGAGCCCCACGCCGGAGCCGGCAUGGUCGGCAAGGUCACCGUCAACUAA